AUGUCUUUCGUGGUGUCGGUCCAGGAGAAGGUGGCUAUUGCCAUUGGCGAGCAUCUCCUUUCCCCUUUGGAAAGCGACGUGGUGGCCCCCCUGCACUUUGUCAUCUGCCACCAUCAGGGCCACCACCAUCGGACAGAUGGAGCUGCUUUUCCUCGACAUCCCCGGAGGCUGUCUCUCCGCCGCUCCGUAAAGGAGACGACCACUGUCCAGGAACGUUGUCUCCGCGUCGGCUGCUGGCUGUCUGCGUGCAAAAGUGGCGACGUGUUGUGCAAAGCCGAUUGCAUCAAGCCAAGUGUUGGACGACAGUCGCCGCCUGCUGAAGGGGACCCAAGAAAAAGGACACCGGCUUACAGCGCAUUUCUGGAGGGAGACGAGCCAGGGAGAUGUCCAACCGCUUCCGAGGGCCUCAGACUGGACAAGCCUGAACACAAACAGGAGCAGGCGCAGCGUCUUGGUGACCAAAGUGCAGACGCCACGAUGGCACCAACUGGAAGCUUCUCAGCAGUCAAAAAAAAAAUAAAUAAGCAUUACUGGCGAAAAAGAUCAACGGUACUUGAGCCCGUCCACCGUCUUCCUGGAGGGGAUGCCGAUUCAGAUUUUCUGGUGCCAACAGCUGCUUUGGCGCCGCCUAGUGGACAUGAGCAGAAAGACAUUACAGGAUGUGAAAUGCAGCUCUGGAUGAAGUCAAGAUGCCGUUUCACCUGCGCACACACAAAAAGGAUGUCAGAAAGAGUGAAUUAUAGUCAUUUGCGAUGUACUUACCUUCCUUCAGUUUUGUCCAGGAGCAAAACAGCAACUUGAGGCCGGACUCUCAACUUUUUUCCAAGACGUCUGGGGAGCGCAGUUUGCAAUGAGGUAGUGUGAAGGAAAAAAAUUAAGAAAAUUGCACACUUUUUGUUUUUGUUUCCAACCUGAAUCACGUCAUCACUCGAAGCCUCCUGUAAGAUCAUCUUCAUGUGCUGAAAAAUUAAAACAUGAUUUCAGA